GAUGUAUUUAUGCUCAUGGGUCUAAUUUGUUUUUCUUUCAAUGCAUGCAAAGCAGGAAAUCAGGUUGCUCAUGUGAGCUGUGCUCAGUGUCGUACUACUCUAAUGUAUCCCUAUGGAGCACCCUCUGUUAAAUGCGCGAUAUGUCAUUAUGUUACAAAUGUCGGGAUGAACAUGAGGAUGCCAAUCCCUGUUAAUAGGCCAAAUGGAGCUACAACAGUUCCACAGUCUACUUCAGCUUCUAACAGCCAAACUGUUGUUGUUGAGAAUCCGAUGUCAAGGGAUGCAAGUGGAAAAUUGGUGAGCAAUGUAGUAGUCGGGGUCACCACAGAUAAGAAAUGAUUUCCAUUGCUGUUCAAAUCCUAUGAUGAUAUAUUUUCUGUUGUAAAUUUGAAGUUAUUAAAUCUCUAUUAUCAUGUUUUGGGGGACCUCUGCUAUGCGAGGGGAUAGAUACAGAUAUAAGAACACGAGAAAUGCGUGGAGGUUUAUGAGAUUAAAAAAAAGGUGUGCUUUGAAGACUUGGAGCUAUAUAUUCGUUUAAAAUUUGACAAUAUGAAGAAGAUAACCUUGGCUGGUUGCCCCAAUGCCAAGAUAUGCUUGUGUGAAUAAGUUUGGUUUAGUAUCGGGUGAAAGAAAAUGGGAGCCUGUUUGUGCAUUUCUUGGGGAUGCAUCUGCUUGUAAAAAUUUGUCCAUUGUUGGGAGCCAUAUUGUGUUGUAAGUGUGUGGUUUGCCUGCAUAAAUUUGUGUUGUGAAGUGCGUUGUUGGGUAUCACACGUGCACUUCAUGUCGUUGUCAAUAUUUUGUUUUUACCUUUUUCUGUAUAAGUUUAAGAAAAUAGACCAGCAUGGAAGGAA